CCCACGCCCGCAAAUCAAAAGCUCCCCCGAGUCCCCAACGUAUUCUCUUCCUCUCUCCCUCUCAAUCACAGAAAGGAAGAGAGAGAGAGAGAGAGAGAGAGAGAGAGAGAGAGAGACGCCUGCUCCAAUGGCGGACUCCGCUCGUCGUUCCAUCUCGCUCGAAGAGCUGGCCAGCCACAACAAGCCAGGGGACCUCUGGAUCUCCAUCCAGGGCAAGGUCUACGACGUCUCCGAGUGGAUCAGGGACCACCCCGGCGGCGACCUCCCGCUGCGCAGCCUCGCCGGCCAGGACGCCACCGACGCGUUCGUCGCUUACCACCCGGGGGUCGCGUGGCAGUACCUCGACAAGUACUUCAACGGGUACUAUCUCCAGGGCUACACCGUGUCCGAGGCCUCCAAGGACUACCGGAAGCUCCUGUCCGAGUUCGCCAAAAUGGGGUUGUUCGAUAAGAAGGGCCACAUUACGCUCGUCUCCAUGUGUUUCAUCGCCGUGCUGUUCGUUAUUAGUGUCUUGGGUGUGCUGUGGUCUGAGAGCAAAUGGGUUCAUUUGCUGUGUGGUGGGAUGAUGGGGUUUCUGUGGAUUCAGAGCGGGUGGAUGGGGCACGACUCGGGUCACUACCAGAUCAUGUCGAGGCCUGGGUUCAACCGGUUCGCGCAGGUCCUCACCGGGAACUGCCUCGCCGGGAUUAGCAUCGCCUGGUGGAAGCGGAACCACAAUGCCCACCACAUCGCCUGCAACAGCCUCGAUUUCGAUCCGGAUCUCCAGCACAUGCCCUUCUUCGUGGUGUCCUCCAAGUUCUUUGGCUCCCUCACCUCGUACUACUACGACAGGAAGAUGAACUUCGAUGCCGUCUCUAGGUUCCUGGUCAGUAACCAGCACUGGACGUUUUACCCCGUUAUGUGCUUCGCCCGGAUCAAUUUGUUCGCCCAAUCCUUCGCAUUGCUGCUGUCUAACAAGAAGGUGCCCAACAGGGGUCAGGAGAUAUUGGGGCUCCUCGCGUUCUGGAUAUGGUAUCCGCUUCUCGUUUCGUGCCUCCCGAACUGGGGAGAGAGGAUGAUGUUCGUUAUUGCGAGCUUUUCCGUCACUGGAAUCCAGCAUGUUCAGUUCUGUUUGAAUCAUUUCGCGUCGAGCGUCUACAUCGGUCCGCCCAGUGGGAACGACUGGUUCGGGAAGCAGACCGCCGGGACACUCGACAUCCAGUGCUCGCCGUGGAUGGAUUGGUUUCACGGAGGAUUGCAGUUUCAGAUUGAGCACCAUCUGUUUCCUCGAUUGCCUAGAUGCCAUCUCAGGAAGAUUUCCCCUUUCGUGAAGGAACUCUGCAAGAAGCACAAUUUGCCUUACAAUAGCGCCUCUUUCUGGAAGGCAAAUGCUAUGACUAUCGGGACGCUUAGGGCGGCUGCAUUGCAGGCUAGAGAUCUUGCUAAUCCCAUCCCGAAGAACUUGGUGUGGGAAGCUGUUAAUACCCAUGGAUGAACUUAAUUGACUGGUUUAAAUUUUGCUGAAGUGCCACCAUUUAUGCCUGCUGAGCAGCUGAUGAUUUUGAUAGGAUCAUUACUGAGGUUUGAUCAUUCAUGGUUGCAAAAUAAUCCAUAUCUCUAGAUGAUUGGAGGGUUUUAGCCAGUUGUAUUCGAUCUGCAAGUUUGUGUGGUUGAUUCAUCUUGUUUCUGAUAGGUGUUUAAACAUCUAUGAAGAUGAUCCAUAUCCCUAGAUGAUUGGAGGGUUUUAGCUAGUUGUUUUCGAUCUGCAAGUUUGUGUGGUCGACUCAUCUUGUUUCUGAUCGGUGUUCAAACAUCGAUGAAGAUGAUCUUCAGGCUGGCAAAAUUCUUUCUCCUCAUGCUGUUUCCAGCAUCUGUUGCUGAUGAGAAAUUUGUGCAGUGGCAAGCUUCAUUGGUUUUUUAUCUGAUUGGUUCAUAGAGCUGAUUCACAUUCAUGUGGCUUUUAUCUGGAUCUCUGCUGUUUUGGAGACUGAUGCAUUGAAGCAUUGGAAACAAUGUGUUUGCUUACUUUUUUAAUGACGAGAAUUUCAUUCACCUGUUUUCA